CCUGCCACUCUGCUGAAGGAGAGGCGGGAGAGAGAGGACGCUGGAGGAGUGGAGGGAGAAAGAGAGCAAGGGGGAUAGAGAGACAGAGAGAGGGUGAGAGAGUCCAGGCCCAAAUAAAGCCAUGGGGGCUGGGGCUGGGCUGGGCCCCCCUUUGCUUUAAAUAAGCUGGCCGCCUGGAGGUUCGGGUUUGGUAGUUGGGGCUUGGGACCAGCGGCCACCACUGCUGCUACAACCUUCAUCAGGAGAGUCUCCUCCGUAUACUCAUCAUCCACAUCAGCCUCAUCCUGGUCAUCGUUGUUCUGGGCAGCCAAGAUGCCUCGUGUGGACUCAGACCUCAAGCUGGACUUUAAGGAUGUCCUCUUCAGACCCAAGAGGAGCAGCCUGAAGAGUCGCUCAGAGGUGGACCUUCAGAGGACCUUCACAUUCCGCAACUCCAAACAAACAUACACUGGCAUCCCCAUCAUCGCUGCCAACAUGGACACCACAGGAACAUUUGAGAUGGCACAGGUCCUCAGCAAACACACCCUCUUCACAGCCAUCCAUAAACACUAUUCUGUAGAGGACUGGAAGAAUUUUGCUGCUAAUCAUCCAGAAUGCUUAGAGCAUGUAGCCGCUAGCUCAGGCAGUGGCGUUGCAGAUCUUGAGAAGCUGUGUGCCAUCUUGGAAGCCGUCCCCGCCCUCAAGUACAUCUGUCUGGAUGUGGCCAACGGCUACUCUGAGUACUUUGUGGAGUUUGUCAAGACGGUCAGAGAAAAGUUUCCCAAACACACCAUCAUGGCUGGCAAUGUGGUAACAGGGGAGAUGGUGGAAGAGCUCAUCCUCUCCGGUGCUGACAUCAUCAAAGUGGGCAUCGGGCCAGGGUCUGUGUGCACAACUAGGAUCAAGACAGGAGUGGGCUACCCACAGCUCAGUGCUGUAAUAGAGUGUGCAGACUCAGCCCAUGGACUUAAAGGACACAUUAUCUCUGAUGGUGGCUGCAGUUGCCCAGGAGAUGUAGCAAAGGCCUUUGGUGCAGGGGCUGACUUUGUAAUGAUGGGAGGAAUGCUUGCAGGCCACGACCAGUGCACCGGAGAGGUCAUUGAGAAGAAUGGCAAGAAAUACAAACUCUUCUAUGGCAUGAGCUCCGACACCGCCAUGAAGCGAUACGUGGGUGGAGUUGCUGAGUAUAGGGCGUCUGAGGGGAGGACAGUGGAGGUUCCCUAUAGAGGAGAUGUGGAGAACACUAUCCGAGAUGUGUUGGGGGGCCUUCGCUCCACCUGCACCUAUGUGGGCGCCGCCAAGCUCAAAGAGUUGAGCAGGAGAACCACCUUCAUUCGUGUCACACAACAGUCCAGCCAAAUGUUCACUUCGUAGGGUGGACACUUGUCCGCACACACAGAUUGCAUAAUAUGCAUUGUACAUGUAUUAUGCAGUUUAAACGUGCAAUAAUAGGACAGUGGUUUAACGCAUACAAAAGAACGACGCACAUCCACACCCACACGUCUACGUGAUCACCCUGUUUUUCUCAGGAUAUCUGCUGUCAGAAAGUGGUUUCCUGCAAAUUGUGAUUUAAAAAAAAUCCUAGUUUUGACUUGAAUUGUCCUAGAAGAAUCACAGCGCUCUAAUAGCAAGUGUGUUUACAUACUAAGAGACACCAUAACAUGCUAUUGAAUGUACCAGAUUUAAUUUUCAAACGGGCGUGAGAGAGCAAGAACAUUGAGGCAUGUGCACUUCAGAUCUAAUAUUUUGAAAUACUCUUUUAAUUUGUGUAUAUGUAGUAGUCGGGAUAUUUCCAGAUUAACAGCAUAUUGUGAAUAAACAAGAAUGUGUGCUAUGUGAAACACACUUAGCAGGAGGAGGCUGAUAAUUGUGCUAAGGUCAUUUUGGGAAACUAUUCUGCUCAAAUGUGUGUUUGAAUGAAUAUGCAAAUCAAUAUGCAAGAUCCAGAGAUGUCACCCUUCAACUGACACUGGAUAAAUCGUGUCGCAAUAAAAAUUGCAUGCAUGACCCUCUGCUAAUUUAGAAAUGGUGUUGAUCAUCCUGUGAAUUUUAUUCACUGUCUUGAUGACAGACAUUAUAUUGUAUCUCUCCUUAUUGUCUGUGUGCAUGUAUUUUGGAUGUGUCAGAAACAUUGAGCCAGCUGAUCAUGAUGACAUCUGGAUUUAUGUAUCCCAAACAUUUGACAGAUUUGAUUUACCCCGCUGUCUGUGCAUGUAAAACAGUCAUGUUUAAGUCAUUGAUUCCACUGUGCCUGACAUUUUAAAUCAAGGGCGUCUUGUGGCUUCUACUGCAUUGAAGCUCUUGUACUUUAAGCAAGGAACUUCAGGGAAAAGUCAUGUAAAUUAAAUACUAUUAAAUGGAAAUUCUAAAACACAUACUGGAACAGCAGCAGUUUCACUGUUAUUGCAAAAAAAAGAAAAUGGUGCAAAUAAACCAAAAUGAUUAGAGAA